GUGAUGAGCUGUUCCCUCUCUCAUAUUGACCUUUCGAUACUUUCGAUUUCAGAACGAUAUCAUGUCAGAUAUUUAAAUGAGUGAUGGUAUCGAAAAGGGCCAAAUCUUUAUGAAUUACAGAUCUUAAGUCACAUGUAGAGCGCUGUCUAAAGAUGUUGCCAUCGUAUUUGUGCUAUUUAAAGAUUUAUUUUUCAGGGCUUUAUUUGAUUAGACAGCGGACAGAGUAGGAACCCGGGGAGAGAGUGUGGAGGGGGUGGAGCCACAGGUUGGUAUCGAAUCAGGCCAACAGCUUUGACGACUAUAGCCCGCAUGCACGUGGCACAGCCUAACCACCAAGCCACCUGCACCCCCUAAUAUUUGUGCCAUAGUACCCCCCUUUUAGACAGCUUUUGCGAAAGUGCCGUCACUAAUGUCAGCCUUCAUAAAGUCUUUGUACGUUUAUGUUGAUUACACAGCGGCGGGAUAUUGGUGUGUCAGUCUGUGAGUUUCAACGUUGAGGAAGAGCACAGCACAGCAGGAGCUCCUCAUAUACACAAAGUCAGACAUGCACACACAGUGCUGCGCUCCACAGCUGCCUCAGCUGAUCCUGUCUUCCCUCUCUGUUACUACCUCUGAAUAACCAUAACCCAUAACGCCUGCUGACAUCUAGAUUAAAGGCGAAAUGUCUCAGGGGUGUAAGUCUCAGCAGUCUGAACAGGGUUUCAUUACGUAGGCUUUAGACAGAGUGCAGGAUCUUUUCCCACAAUGUUUGGUAAUUUAAAACAAGUAAUUACUCCAAUAAUAUUGUUUGUCCAGGAUCUUUAUUUUUGUUUACAUGGUUUUGAAACAGGUAUCGAUAUCAUUAGAUUUUUUUUGACUCGUCUCACAUAUAUCCACCUAACAGUGACGGAGGAGGAUGUGAAGAGGCUGAUCGAGUUCAGGGCGUCCAACGAGGCUCUGUUCACCGGGAAGAGAAACUCUGCAAAGAUAGCGUGGAGCACCAUCCUGAGGGGUCUGGGUCUGGAAGGGAAGCUGACUGCAGAUCAGAUCGCCAAAAAGUGGGACAACCUGCGGACCAAAUAUAAGGACCUGAAGCAGCCCUAUCAGGGUCAGGACCACAUCGGGGGUGUGGUGGAGUCGUGGCCCUGGUUCCACAUCAUGGAUGAAGCCAUGCAGGGUCGCCUCUUCAACAGCAACCUGGUGCUGUGCCCAGAGAACGGCAACAACGCCGCUCAUCGCUGUAACAACCAGCAGAGCCAGGCGCAGGAGAACACAGACAUCCUGGAGUUCCUCAUCAAAACCGAGAUGGACGACACGGUGGCGGCAGAAACCGCAGAGAAUGAUGGGACGGUUCACACAGACGCUCAGCCUGUUGAGGGCGUCCCCAUGGGCUGGAGGAGGAUGAGCGAGUGCUCGUACAAAAUGAGUGAACCAGAAACCGAGCGGAUGAUCAAACUCCGAGCUGCAAACGAAGCGCUCUUCACCGGCAGGAAACAUUCAGCCAAACCGGCGUGGAGAGCCAUCCUGUAUGAGCUGGGGCUUCAGGGGAAACUGACCACAGACCAGUUAGCCAAAAAGUGGGACAACCUGAAGAGGAGAUACAAGGAGCUGAAGUUUCCGGCUCGAGGCGUGGAGACCAACCCGAGCUCCUGGCCCUGGUUCUACAGAAUGAACGACGCCAUGGAGGGCCGAUUCAUGGGGGCGGCGCCCAUCCUCACGCCUAUCGUGGAGGACGAAGACGAGGACUGCGAGCCACUGUCGCCCACGCCGAAGAAGCGAGCGAGGCGGAGCCGAGGGGGCAUGGCUGAGUUCCUGACGGAGUCCGAGAUGGACCUGCUGGUGGAUACCGAAGAGAAGAACGGAUCCACGGCGCUGGGAGAACUGCACCGCAUGGCUGAGUUCUCGUACAAAUUGACCGAAGACGACACCAGGCGACUGAUCGAGCUACGAGCUGCUAACGAGUCUCUGUUCACCGGGAGGAGGAACACCGCCAAACCAGCCUGGAGGGGGAUCGUGAAGGAGAUGGGUCUGACGGGGAAGAUCACACCCGACCAGGUGGCCAAAAAGUGGGACAACCUCAAGACAAAGUUCAAGGACCUGAAGUUUCCUCCGCGGGGGAUGGAGGGUCAGACUAACCCCGCCUCCUGGCCCUGGUUCCAGCUGAUGAGCGACGCUCUCGAAGGACGGCUGGCGGGAAAAGCUCCUAGAGUGACGCCAGUUUGGAGCAGCGAGGAGGACGGCGUGUUCGUCUCAUCUCCGCCCCCCGACAGAGACUGUUUGAUGGCAGAGAGGGGCAGCGUGUCGGAGCUGGAGAGCAUGGUGGGCGGGGACAACACAGAGGCCGAUGGGAAUGUGACGUACAUCGACGCCAGCGGAGAGGAGUGUUCGACCCCUUCGGACCUCUCCUAUAAGAUGACAGAUCAGGACACCAGGAGGAUGAUUAAACUCCGAGCUGCCAACGAGGCGCUCUUCACUGGAAGGAGGAACGCUGCCAAAGCUGCCUGGAAAGCCAUCCUGAAGGAGCUCGGCCUGCAGGGGAAAGUCUCCACCUACCAGAUGGCAAAGAAAUGGGACAACCUGAAGAGAAGAUAUAAGGAUCUGAAGUAUCCUCCGGUUGGGAUGGAGAGCGUAGCAGACGGCUCCUCCUCCUGGCCGUGGUUUCAUCUGAUGAAUGAAGCGAUGGAGGGCCGUCUGGCGGGCAGCGCCCCCCUUCUCACACCUGUCACCCUGGACGAGGAUCAGCAACCAGAACACACCCCCAGACAUCGCUCCCGCUCCGCCCCUCCCCCUCCUCCCUCAGUCACCUCGGACUACGCACAGGAGGCUUUUGUUGACGGCGUGGAUCAGAACCAGCGGGGCCCGGAGGUGUGUGAGGGGCCGCUGGUAGGACUGGAGAGGGAGUGGGAGGUGGUGGAGAGGGAGCGGGCGGCUCUGGAGCGAGAGAGGGAGAUGGUGGAGCGAGAUAGGGCAUCAGUGGAGAGAGAGAGGACGGCUGUGCAGGCGGAGCGGCUGUGGUUGGAGAGGGAGCGGGCGGCGGUGGAGCGGGACAGAACAAUGGUGGAGCAGGAGCGAGCGACGCUGGGGAGAGAGAGGGAGGUGCUAGACCAGAGAGCGUUGAUGCUAAACUCUGUAGGACACGCGGGACACCUCAACGCCCUCAUGUAGACCAGCACGCCACAGGGACAAGGAGCGUCUCCAUAGAAACUGACCGGUCUGUGGUGGAGGUGUGGCCCUCCUGUCAGGAGGAGUAACUCUCGCUGACGGAGCUCAGAGGAGGUCUGAGGUGGAGAGACGAUGUUUGUCUUCCACACAGAGACGCUGCAGGACGGAGAGCUGCACAAUUCAAAGCUUGAUCAUCUCGAUCAGGAUUUAUGCUCCACAUGUCGAGUGUAGAUUAGAGACAGAUUAUUUAUGGACUUUCAAUAAGAAGGGAAAUAUUCUGUGUGUCUGUGAAGAGAUGCUGGAAGAUGAAAGUGCCUUAAACCUUCCUGUGACUGACAGGCCGCUGCCAUGGCGACCUGAGAAAUAUAUCAUUUAGUGUCAACCAACAGCAUGCGACACGAGCGAGCGUUUUCAGUAUCAUAGACAUGAACGAGGAACCAGGGAGCUUCACGUGCCCGCUUGUUUUACAAGAUGGUGAAGCCUUUAUAUCACUUCCAUGACUGAAAUGUUCUUUGAGUUGUGUCAUCACAAAGCAAAACUUGAUUCAGCUCACCGCCGUCAGCAGCUCUUCAAUUCAAAGCACCACACUUCAUUUCUCCACCUUCAAAAUAAAAGCACCACAUGUUCCACUGUUCACAAGGGGAAACUGAAAAUCACAGAGCGGGCGUCUGAUGCUGUGUGAAAUCGUCUGAACCUGUGAGGACUCACCUGUAUGAGGACUCACCUGUAAGAGGACCCACCUGUAUGAGGACCCACCUGUAUGAGGACCCACCUGUAUGUGGACUAACCUGUAAGAGGACUCACCUGUAAGAGGACUCACCUGUGUGAGGACUCACCUGAAUGAGGACUCACCUGUAAGAGGACUCGCCUGUAUGAGGACUCACCUGAAUGAGGACUCACCUGUAAGAGGACUUGCCUGUUGUCAUGUGAGCCCCUGUGGACUGCGUUGAUGUGCGUUCAGGUGUUUGUCGUCGUUUGUUUUGGCUCCACUUUUCUAUUUAUUCAAAAACACGUUCUGUUGUGUUUUUAUUUUCACAAAGACGCUUCUUCGUGUUUGUUCACACCUGAGUCACGUGACGAAUCUCUCUGUCUAUCCGGAGACUUUUUGAACGUGUAAAAAAAGAAAUUCCCGAUUUUUAACUUUUCUGAAGUUUUUGCUUUUUGUUUCUGCUUCCUGUCGGGAUGAAGCUGACUCACAUCUCUCUUCUGUUGCCUUAUUUUAUAUUUAUUUCAUAUGUUCGACGACUUCACUCGUUUCUUGUUGUGUUGCAGAAGGUUCUGUUUUAACCAAUCACAGGUGAGCUUGUGAAAGAGGGUGUAGCCAAUAGGACGAGUCGAAACUACAAAACAAAAUAUCAACAUGAGAUUAAAAAAAUACUCUGAUGUUUCACAAAUGACUUUGACAUCAUGUUUUUAAUGUUUGUUUGUCAACCAAAUUAAAAAUGUCAACAGGUCAAUAGAACUACAAA